GGAAGAGCGCCGUUUAGCGCUCGUUCAUACGUGAGCACAGUUCAGCUUCUCGCGUUUUAUUAUUAAUUUACUUAUUGUCGACAUAUAUAAGAAGUUGUAUGGUAAUACUUUAUUAAGGGGUAGGUAAAUUACGUCACUUUGCUUCGGUUGAGUAGAAGAAGCGUCUUUGCAGGGCUUACCAGAAGCGUUGUUUCCAGCAUGGCGGAUGGAGAGGGUUUUGUGGUGAGAGUCAGAGGUUUGCCGUGGUCCUGUUCUGUUGAUGAAGUUCAGAGGUUUUUCUCAGAGUGCAAAAUUGCAAACAAUGGGACAAGCAUACACUUCACAUACACACGGGAAGGGCGACCAAGUGGAGAAGCAUUUGUAGAGUUCGAAUCAGAAGAAGAUCUUAAAAUUGCAGUGAAGAAAGAUCGUGAAACAAUGGGCCACCGUUAUGUAGAAGUAUUCAAAUCCAAUAGUGUUGAGAUGGACUGGGUUCUGAAGCACACUGGACCGAACUGCCCGGACACAGGAGGGGACGGCCUGGUUAGGCUUCGUGGUCUGCCUUUUGGGUGCAGCAAGGAGGAAAUUGUCCAGUUUUUUGCAGGGUUGGAAAUCGUGCCAAAUGGGAUAACAUUGCCGGUGGACUUCCAGGGGAGGAGUACGGGGGAGGCCUUCGUGCAGUUUGCUUCACAGGAUAUAGCCGAAAAGGCUCUAAAGAAACACAAGGAAAGAAUAGGGCACAGGUAUAUAGAGAUCUUCAAGAGCAGCCGGGCGGAAGUGCGCACACAUUAUGAACCCCAGCGUAAGGUCAUGAGCAUGCAGAGACCGGGCCCCUAUGACAGGCCUGGAGGCGGCCGCGGCUACAACAGUAUGGGCAGAGGAGUCUCUUUUGAGAGAAUGAGACGUGGAGGCUACGGUGGAGAUGGUCGUUAUGGAGACGGCAGCUCCUCCUUUCAGAGCACAACGGGACAUUGUGUGCACAUGAGAGGCCUUCCAUACAGAGCCACUGAAACUGACAUAUACAAUUUCUUCUCUCCACUGAACCCAGUGCGUGUUCACCUGGAGAUCGGCCCUGAUGGAAGAGUAACGGGUGAGGCGGAUGUAGAAUUUGCCACACAUGAGGACGCCGUGGCAGCCAUGUCGAAGGACAAAGCCAAUAUGCAACACCGUUAUGUGGAGCUGUUCCUAAACUCCACGUCAGGGGGCGGAAGUGGAGGAUACGGUGGCCAAAUGAUGGGCGGUAUGGGAAACCAGUCGUCAUACGGACACAGCAGCCAACAGAUGGGCUCUGGCUACAGCGGAGGUUAUGGUAAUCAGAGUGGCAUGGGGGGCUACAGUGACUACAGUAAUCAGGGCGGAAUGGGGAGCAGUUACUACGGUGGAGGGAGCCGCGGGUCCAUGGGAAUGAACGGCCUCAACAGCGGCAUGGGGGGAGGCUGGGGGAUGUAGCCUCCAGGCCUUUCAUAGCUGCUUUAUAACCUUCAUUUGAACAGUGUCCUCUUUCAUUUGUUUGUUCUUUGUUCCUUGCUCCCUUCCAAGUUGUGUUUGGAGCUGAACUUCUUUUUCCCUUUUGACAUGGUUGAAAACAAAUCCUGACUAGAGGUAGUAAUUUAUGUUAAAGAGAAACUUUAUUUGCUGAAAUGUGACAGCCCAUGUAUCACACUGGAGAGGUGCCUGUAAAUCUGUUUUUACAGUAAAGAGGUGAUUUGUUUCCUCUUUAGGCCAACUUUAUCAAAGCCUUUCAUACAGCGUGACAUCUUUGCACACGGAGGUUUCACUCUGUCAGUGAUUGUAGCAUCAUAUCUUAAACUUUUGGCUCCUGCAAAGGUGUUUUGCAUGUACUUAAUGCUUACUCCAGACCGAUGGUUUAAAAAGAGUGUUUAAGUUUAGAAAAAAAAAGAUUUUUGUAUAACUUUAAAGCAUGGUGGGACGUGGACGGGUUUCAUUUAGAUGCAUGUUACUGUUUGCAUUUGCUUUUUUUUUCACAUGCAGUGUAUCACCUGUGAUUUCAGUGUAGUGGACAAAUGUCCUCAUGGCUUCACAGAUGGAUUAAUACUAAUUUGAGGCAGUGUUUAUUAAACCGUACACAAUU